GCAGGCGGGGCUUAUCGCCGUGACAACAAGAUCAAAGUCUACAUUGUCAGUGAUAAGAGGAGUCCAGGGUCAGAGGUCACGUUGUGUUGAAGUGACAGCAAGAAAAGACGACUAAAGUUGCUGCAGGCUCCGCCCCUCAUUACUAUUACAUCACCCCUUCUUCAUCACAUCUGCCACAAAAAUGGCCGCCGGUGCGCCAACAGACAAGUUUCACGGCGUGUGGUGGAUCUUCUUGAUGCUGGGCGUGGGAACAUUGUUGCCGUGGAACUUCUUCAUGACAGCCACCACGUACUUUGUCAGCCGCCUGAAGGUCUGGUCCAAUGAGACGGCGGCGGGGGAGGAGCCUCAUGGCGUGCUUGAGGCCAGAUUUAGCAACGUGAUGACGCUGUGCGCCAUGUUGCCGCUCCUCAUCUUCACCUGCCUCAACUCCUUCCUGCACUCACGCGUGCCUCAGCGCGUGCGUGUGGCGGGCAGCCUGCUGGUCAUCAUGGUCGUAUUCCUGCUGACCGCCCUGCUGGUCAAAGUUCCCCUGGACCCGCCCAAAUUCUUCCUGGUCACCAUGGUCAACAUCGUCAUCAUCAACUCGUUUGGCGCCGUGCUGCAGGGGAGUCUGUUUGGGAUGGCGGCCAUACUUCCUGCCUCCUACACCACGCCCAUCAUGAGCGGUCAGGGUCUUGCCGGGACCUUCGCCGCCUUCGCCAUGAUCUGCGCCAUCGCAAGUGGUCGUGAUGUAGAAGAAGUUGCAUUUGGUUAUUUCAUCACAGCGUGUCUUGUAAUUUCUCUCUCCAUCUGCUCCUACUUCAUGCUGCCUAAACUGGAGUUCUUCCAGUUCCACGAGCAGCAGCAGGAGCGGCGGCAGAAAAAAGGUGAGGAGCAGGUCAAUUUGGCGAGCGAAGCUGACGCAGGAAGUGGCGAGGAGAAGGUCAACCUGGCGAGAGAAGCUGACGCAGGAAGUAGCAAGGAAGCGGCGUCCAUGGUGAAGAUCUUCCAGAAGAUCUGGGUCUUGGCGCUGUCCGUCUGCUUCACCUUCACCGUCACCAUCGGGACCUUUCCCGCCGUGGCGGCCGACACCAAGUCCUCUCUGGGCCAAGGAAGCUCCUGGGACUUGUACUUUGUGCCGGUGGCCUGCUUCCUGCUCUUCAACCUGUGUGACUGGGGGGGGCGGAGCCUGACGGCGUUCUGCACGUGGCCAGGAGAGGACAGUCGGCUACUUCCUGUUCUGAUGGUGGCCCGCGUGGCCUUUGUGCCGCUCUUCAUGUUGUGCAACGUGCAGCCCCGCCUCCACCUGCCCGUCUACUUCCAGCACGACGCCUUCUUCGCCGCCUUCAUGGUGGCCUUCGCCGCCACCAACGGUUACCUGGCCAGUCUGUGCAUGUGCUUCGGGCCCAAGAGAGUUCUUCCUCACGAGGCCGAGACGGCCGGCGCCAUCAUGGCCUUUUUCCUCUCGCUGGGGUUGGCUCUCGGCGCCGCCAUGUCCUUCCUGUUCAGAGUGCUGGUUUGACGCUGCCUCGUAAAUACGCCUGGCACUGCUGAUUAAAAAUGCUUUCAUCCUC